AUGCCUCGAAAGAUCCCAUCGCAGGUCCCGCAGACCGUCUCGCGGUUGCUCGAAGCCGGCUUCCUCAAGCAGCCUCCCGCAUGGCUCGAGGCGGUGAACAACCAUCCCCCGGUCUCGGUGCCUGCUCGACACCCGGUCCAGCGUCCAAAUGAGGACCUUCCAGCUCAUUUGCGGGCUAAGCUCCGGACUCAGCCUAUCCAGCCUGGUUCCUCCUCCAAAGCGACGACUUCGAACCAAAAGUACGGCCGUGAUACCACCAACUCGAAAAAGAAGUCGAGGUCCUUGACACCCAAGCUUACCCCGAAACCGAUCGUCUACGACGAGGACAAGAUUCGACAGCAGUUCUUCCGCGAUCACCCAUGGGAGGCGUAUCGACCCAAGACGCUCGUCGAGAUGAGCGAGCAGGUGGGCAGCGAAACGAGAGUCCAUGGCGACCCGAAACGACUCCGUUCGUAUGGCCGCAAUCCGAGCGUGGAAGACUUUGUCGCAUGUACACUCGCAGCACACCGUGAAGGCGGUCUGUCCCUGUCGCAAGCCUACCACAACACGCUCUCGUCCUACCAUGGCCUCAAAGCCGAGCGCGAGCAUGCCACGCGCUACGCAAUCCUCGAAGCAAAGUACUACGGCGCCGACUUGGGCAAGACCGAGACACAGCGAGGAUUCGAGAAGGAGGAGAAGGCGCUCGAGUCGUGGGCGGCAUGGGCAGCAGGAGGCAUGGCGAGCGGCGAUGCCGCCAACGCUGCAGAUGUGCAGCAGACAAAGGCGGCCAGGGUCAAGCGCACCGACCAGACAUUUACUUCGGGCGAUGCAUACCUCGAGGCGGCGAAAGCGUUCCGACAGGGCGAGGUCAGCGCGGAUCGUCUUGGAAGCGGCGCACAGCUCGCAUCAAGCCAGCCAUCGCCAUCGUCCCUUGGCGGCACCGGUGUGAGCCCCACGUCGGAAGCAGCAGAUGACUUCCUUGGACUUGCCAAGUCGGCCAUGCGACCGGCAGAAACCUCCACUUCCGAUUCUCACAAUCUGCCGCUGCAAGCAGCUGAACAUCAGGCCUUGUGA